UCUGGGCACUUCGCGCCUUCACAUUCCCGAGAGAAAGGCGAAACCUAGUCGUCUUCUUGCGCCGCUCGAAGCCCAUUUCUUCCCCACGCUGUUCUUGAACCCUCCUAUUUCUCCCCUACGCCGCUCCCGACAGUCCGUCAUCUGAAAAACCGAAAGCGUCGGUGAAAAACUAGGCAGUUGCGAGCAAAGAGGCGUGCUAGGAGGUGAAAUUUUUGGUUGGAGAAGUCAUCGCAGUGCAGCCUUAUUGUUAGUUGUCAUCUUAACUAAAUGAUGGAUGAUGAAAAUCAGCAGCAGAGCCCAAGGAUGCUUAGAAGCUCGAUUGAAACUGAGGUUGAUUCUCAGUAUUUAUGUCAGUUCACCAUGCUUCUUAUCGAUACAGUUGAGGAAUUAACGGUGCGAGUUUCACAGAUAGAGUUUGUUUGUCGUCAGCACUUUCCUGAUCUGCAAACAUUAUCACAAUCUAUACAAAAAAGGAUUAUAGGUUUCAAGAAAGCCGAAGAUCUGGAGUGGAGGAAAAAAGAAGAUUCUCUCUUACAGCAGAUACAAGAACUCCAAUCUGAAAGGCAGCAUUCUCAAGAGAAAAUUAAGCAACUGACUGCAUCCUUAGAAGAAAGUAAGGAAAGAUUGAUGAAUAAGGAGCAGUUGCUGAACCGAUGUCAACUUGAGAAGAAACAGCUCUUGGAACAGCUUGUGCAAAAAGUCAAUGAAGUUGUUAAAGCGAAGGAACAUGAAGAAGAUCUACUGCAACAGAUUGAGUUGAAAGAUCAAAAAAUUGAAGUGGAGCUAAACAAAAAGAAAAGUUUGUUUGAGGAGUGCAUUAAGCUUAAAACAAAUUACAAACAUUUGAAGUCUCAAUAUAAUUUUCUCAUAAGCAAGCUUGGCAAUGGGGCGGAAAAUAUUCCUCAUGCAGACAUUAUGGGAGAUGAAAAUGGACCAUCAACUGGUUGCCUAAAUAAGAGAGGCAAUGAAGAUAUGAAGAACACCGUUCAAGAGACUGCCCGGCAUGUUUCCAAGCUAAGUAAAUCAAAGAUCGAUAUAGCUCAUCAAAAAGGGUGUGUGGUUGAUCAGGUCAUUGAACCAAACAAAGGUUCAGAUUCUGGAUCCUGCACCACUAUAUCAAUGAAACAAGGUUUUAUCCCAGCAAAGCCUCUUUCGAAUGUAAAAAAAGAACCUUCAAGCAGCUUUAAGCUAGCUGCUUCACGUUGGAGAGAUACUAGGGCACGUCAAGAACUCAGAGAUGGAGAUCCACAUGAUGAUUUUCUCAAUACUCCCAUGGAAAAUGUACGAAAUUUGAAUGUGGAUCCCCAAGACCUAAACAGCAAUCUCAUUUCUGAUGAUAAAGCCAUGGAUGAAGAUUGCUCUGAUGAGGAAACUCUCGACCUAGCCUCUGAAACUAUAUCCAAGAAACACCCAAUAUCAAUUGUUGGGCCAUCAAACAAAAGUUUUAAAUAUGUGGAGCCCGUCAGGAGGAAAAUUGAGAGGGAUAACCUCAAAGGAGUUGAGUGCCAGCAAUGCAAGAAGUUCUAUGACGCAGUUCUUCCUGAUGGAGGUAAGGCUGCUAAUACUUUGCGUUGUGAACAUCAUGAUGGUGUUUCUCGGCAUCGUUACAGGUACGCUCCACCAUUGACACCAGAGGGUUUCUGGAACAUUGGAUUUGAUUCAGAUUUGUAAAGCUUCAAAUUAAGGUACUAUCUGGAUCAUGCAUUUCUUGAUUUUAUCUUAAGUAUGCUUUUGUAUUUUCAUAUGUUUUUGACCGUUCAUUAAUCACAAAGAAGUGGCUUAUGUCAAUGAGA